AUGAGAAAGAAAGAAGAAGAAAUGAAGACGUGGAUGCGUAAGCCGAAGAAGGCCUUAGAUAUUUACCGCCUUGCAAUUUCCACCAUUUUUAUUUUCAUCCCGGUCCUGCUGGUUGCACUUUACUCCAUCAUCCUAAUCAAACUUAAAAAGCAAGCCCAUCCAGGUGAACAGUCAGCCAACGCCGAGGAACAGAGGACAAGAAGAAACAGAAACGUGCUUAAGAUGGCCAUCGCUAUUGUGUUGGCUUUUUUUCACUGGACCCCCUACGUCAUUAACGAGUUGAUAUCUCUUUGUUUGCUUACGGUUAUUACAUAUUCCUGUAAUUCAUAUAGAUACGCUUAUCUCAACUCUAUUCUUAUCUCCGCAUUUUGUGUGAUCAACCAAAUCACUCACUUCUUUUUUAGCAGCAAUCACCGCAGAGCUCUUAAGGGAUUUCUGACUUAGUCUAGAACUGGGCAAGUUUAACUGUGAACAUUAGACGUAUAACUGCGAGUGGACCGUUUUUUUAUUGCAAUAAAAGCCUAAAAGCGAAGCGGCUGUCUGUAUACAAAGGUCCCGUCCACACAAAUCCGGAUACUUUCGAAACCGCGUACUUUUUUUUUCUGCAAAACAGCCUUCCGUCCACACGAAACCAGUGAACCGCAUAUUUUGAAACUGCUUUCCGGAGUGGAUUUUUUUUUUGGAUCCGACGGAUUUGGUUAUUUCGUGUGGACGACUGACAAUGGGUAUUUUGAUGUCAAUUACGUCAUAAAUGCGAGUUCAGUCUCAAAUGAAAACUCUCGAAUUCAAAAUGGUGGACAUUACAUCGACUCUACAAUGUUCUGUUUGCAACUUUGCUUGCUCUUAUCGCCAUUCUUAUCGCAUGCGUUCCGCUAAUUUGACGACAACAAUUAGCCAUUUCAAAAGAUUGAAGACUCAAUCUCAUUCUGAUUAUGAAAUCUUUAAGUUCGAGACGAAGGCCGGAACCUCGUCAAAGUCAAUUUUAGGUUCGUCUGAAGAGAACAAGUGCCUGAUGAGACAAAGUGUAGGCAGGAAUGGCCAUUGUGCGCGACAAAGCUACAACAACAUUCAGAAAUGUCGUGAAAUCACAUCGCAGGCUCUGUUUGCUCAUACUUACUAACUAGUAAUCAGAAAAUGAAUGUAAACCGCCAGUAGCGUAUUCUUCUGGAUGGGUGAAUCAUCCACUCAGCGGCGGAUAUACUACACUGAAGUCAGGAGACGCAAUUAUCAAAAAUGCGAGUCCAGCAUACACGGAUUCAUGUGGACGUGGCGUCAUAGUAAACGGUGCAGUUGUAAUAAACUUAAAGCUAUUGCAAUACUCGACGUUAAAAUAAAACUUCAAGACAAUAUUCCUGAUCAAUGGCUUUUACCAAUUGUAAAGUCCACCUCCGAUGAAUUAAGGAAUGGGGCACUGCAAAUUUGGAGGGGGGUGGUCUGUUUUAGUAGGGAUUUUAACUUUCGCAUUUAUAUUUUAAAUUCAAUAUCAACUCCCCAUAAGCAUUCAUUUUUCAUUAUUACUAAUGUGUUAUCUGUGUCACGUGACUUGCCACACCCAUUUUUGACUAUUCAUUUCAAUCCAAAUUUACACCACUUUAUAAAUAACACUUGAAAUUUAAUUCACUUUUUGUCGAUGACUAUUGACACAAAGUUUAUGGAAUAAAUAGGGGUUUUCUUAAAUUAUCUACGUUUUGUAAACUAUAACGUUUCUUGUUAAGAGCGAGACUGGGACGAGAGAAAAUAUCUAAUAAUUACGAAGGAAUGGAUGAUUUCACAUAUCCCCGAUUAAUUUAGCUUAUUUGACUGUAAAUGAAAUAUUAUGGAAGGAAAAACGAUUGUGGUCACAUUCAGUAAACUGGUGUUAUCUGCAAAGUCCGAAUUUUGCAUGAUUAUGGGCGUGGCUGGUCACGNCUGGGACGAGAGAAAAUAUCUAAUAAUUACGAAGGAAUGGAUGAUUUCACAUAUCCCCGAUUAAUUUAGCUUAUUUGACUGUAAAUGAAAUAUUAUGGAAGGAAAAACGAUUGUGGUCACAUUCAGUAAACUGGUGUUAUCUGCAAAGUCCGAAUUUUGCAUGAUUAUGGGCGUGGCUGGUCACGUGAUUUGAGAAAAAAAAAGAAGUGUUUAAGGUCCAAAGUGGCUCUGGUCUUAAACACAGCAGUCUAAGAUUAACUUGAAGGAAGAUACUGGAAAAAACAAGAUCGAGUCAUAAAACCCCACAUGUAACGAGGAUCCAUGCCUUAAAAGGACUGUGACGUGACUGUCACAAGACUAAUCUUUCCGAAUUUAAACAAAAAUGGAAAGUUGAUGAAGAUUCCAUAAAUAUCCGAUUGGACAGGUGGCCGGAAAUCCUUGCCGUGGGAGUCCUAACACCGAAAGAACGGUGACCUGAACUUCAGCUAGCCCGCGAAAGCAUCCGUUUCUUCUCGCUCUUCGCCGCUUGGGACGCUUCGCGAAACGUCCUCAGCGGCGAAGAGCAAGGAGAAACGGGUGCUUUCGCCGGCUAAACUUAUUAAUAAGCGAGAGCAGCGAUAAAGGAGACCAGUCCGUUAAUCGAGCGGCCUAUAAUUAGCGCGAGAGUGAAUAAACACGGGGAUAAUGCGAAAUGGUUUUGAAAUACUCGUUUUAAGCUACUCUUCCUCAAAUGUAUCUUUGAAUUCAUGAUAAAUACAGCUCUACAAGGUUCGAACAGUGUGAAUGGCAGAGAAAAAUACUUCAAAACUGUUGAUUUUGGUGUAGUGGUCGCAUGGCCCAGUGGUCAGAGGCCGCACUUUUUGACUGGAGGAACUGUUGGGGUGCAGGUUCAAAUCCUAGGGUGGCUACUUCCAUUCCUUUUUUUUUCAUCGUAUUUUUACCCUUUGGCUUUCUCACUACUGACCAUGUUAGCUUCGCGAGAUUUUUGCGAAAACAUAUUUCUAGUUUAAUUUGCUAUUUGAAUUGCUAUUGACAAUAUAUAUUGCUAAAAGGUUUCAUAAAAGUAAGCGUCACUACAGACUAAAGCAACGUUUUUGAUGUCACAGUAUUAAACUCAGCGACAGUUGAGUGGUAUCAUUUUCAGUAACUUUUAAACAAAGCAGUAACGAAGUCGACUGUAGAAGGAGCAGAUGACUUGUCCAGGUGCCCCAUUCAAACGUAUGACUUAACAUGUUUAAUUAAACCAUAUGAAAAACGGACGCGAAAAACAGGAACACAGGUUUUUAAUUACACAGGAUGCAGUAAUAAAAUUCAACCCGUUUUGUAAUUUGCAAUAAAGUUGCCAUCAACCUAAAGUUCUUUUAUGUAGGCAAGAAAAAAUUAUACCGUCUUUGACUAAACAGCUUUUAAUUCAUAUGUUUAAGCUUUGGUGUGAAUGGGGCAUAGGCCGAUCAGCUGGGUGAAAACUUUCGAAAAUAAAAUCGAUAAAACAGUUCAAUUCAGCUUUAUCCGCUAAGCAGUCUUUCCUUUAACUUUUUUAUGAGAGAAAAAAAAAAAGAACACAAAGAAACCUUACUUUAAACAAGGGUCUUUUACAAAUGCAUAGGAUAGCUGUAUCGUUAUAGAAAGUUGGCAGUUUAUACAACUGACUUUAUACCAUUUGCGUCAUUAACAAAUAUAGGCAAAAGUUAAAUGUUUAUUUAACAAUUAGUUCAUGCGUCAGCGUGAGUAUAUCAAGAUAUCAGGCAAACGGGAAAUUUGGGGCGUGAGCGGUUGCUCUGGUCGAAGACGGAAUGGUAAAGUUGUAUCGUUAUAUCAAGUUAAGCACUAG